AUGAUGAUGAUGAUGCGCAGUGUGAUGUGUGUGUUGGCCGUUGUGCUGUGCUGCGCCUGCGGGUAUACCAUGGCGGCUGCUGCUGCUGUUGAUAAUGACAGUCCCAGUGGCCGUGGUGUAUCCCGUGGGGCUGUGGAGGUGUCGUGCGGGGCCGGCGGUGCGCUGCGUGUACGCCCCGCUGCUGCGAGCGAGUGGCUUACAUGCGGUGCGGGCAGCCGUGUGUCUGCAUGUGGGAAGUACGCAGACCUCUGCAGCCAGCGUACCGCAAGAGCAGCAACCAUAAAAACAAAAACCAUUCCUGGUCAGCCAAAGGCGAUGAUGGCUAAUGAUGGUGUUCCGGAAUGGGAUUAUUUUCUUAAAACAGCACUCUAUGAUAAGGACUGUUUUAAUAAAAGUGGAGAAACCGAAGUUAAUGGAAUGAACUGUGCUCACUGGAAUACUUAUGGGAAGGUUAAAGGAGUGUCGGAUCCUACUCCUGUGUCAACAAAGGCAGAACCUCUUAAAAAUGGGAUGGGUACAUCACAUCUACCUGCGCAAGAAGAGCAUCAUGUUCAACUGCAAGCAGCAGGUGCACAAGAUCCUUCUCUAAGUGGGUCCACAGCACAAACAACGUUGACAGGCACCCCGUCAGAUUCUUCAGUGACGAAGAACGAACCAGCAGUAACACAACCCAGUAUAGCUGGAAGUGGUGAGGCCCCACCUAAUGAAGAUUCUAUCGCGUUAGAACGAUCACAAAGCCAAACUCAAGAGUCUUCUCAAGCACUACAAAGUGACAAAGGAGUGUCGAACAGCACAGGGGAUAACAGUACACCUGCCACCUCUAAUCCCAACCAGCAAUCUACUGCAACUGAUGAUGCGACUGCCGCAUCAGAUUCACAAGAUACCAAUUCCACUACUCCGCCACGCUCCGAGAACACCACCACAGAAGCACCUACCACCACUUCAUCUCCUGUACCCAAUUCAGGGAUCACCUCUAUUGCCUCCGCAGUGCAGAAGAAUAAGGGUAAUGUUGACAGCAGUGUCACUCCUGUGUGGAUGCGCACUGCAGCAUCGCUGCUGAUUGUGGUUGUGUUGUUCUCCGCUACUGUGUACUGA